UGACUGCGAAAUGCGCGUCCCCGACAGCGGAAGUUGCAGACAGAGCCCGUUGGUAAACCGGUAAAAAAAGAUAACCGUGGUGGAGCGGAAAAAUUGCUUUUACGUGGAAUAAAACAGCUAUAUGUAUGUAUCUCGAGUUCUUCUUCCCCAAUAUUCAAAGAUCCCUCUAUCUGCCGAUCUCUCUUUGUGACUAGAACUGCCUGAACAGCGAGAGUGUGUGUGUUUCGGACCAGGGUGACUGUGUGUGAAGAAUACACUCUGUGUUUGCGAGGCCCUGUAGGUAACUCCUCCAGACCCCAGAGUGAGGAUUGUGUGUGACAAUGGGGGACAUCAGUGAUCUGGACAGACGGAUAGAACAACUUAAGCGUUGUGAACUAAUCAAGGAAAAUGAAGUCAAAGCACUGUGUGCCAAGGCCAGACCGACUCAGAUUAAGUCUGAGGCCGGUAACAUCAACAGUGAGGACAAUCCCAGCCUGCCACUCUCCUUCCACACUGAGUAGGAACCUACAGUCACUGGGUACUGAUAGUGACAGUGGAGCCCAGUUUGCACUGCAGGAUCCAGAGAUGGCAUCAGUGAAGCUGGAAGACUGCAGUCAAACACUGGAGCUGAAUGUCAACAUUAAAGAUGAAGAAGAGGAGGAGAAGAUUAGGACAACUGUUAGUCAUGGAUACCAUGUUGAGACAUUCUCUACAUCCAGAGAGCAACAGCAGGAAGAUCAGAGAGCUAAGAGGUCUCAUCACUGCCCACAUUGUGAAAAGAUUUUCCCAUUUCUAUCAAAGCUAAAAAUACACCUAAAAAUACACACAGGAGAGAAGCCUUACUCCUGCUCUGACUGUGGAAAAUGCUUCAAAACAUCAACGGUGCUAAAACUUCAUCAGAGAACACAUACAGGAGAGAAGCCUUUCUACUGCCCUGACUGUGGAACUCGUUUCUCUCAACUUUCCCACUUAAAAUCACAUGAACGUCUACAUACAGGGGAGAAGCCAUACUCCUGCUCUGACUGUGGAAAACGUUUUAAAACAUUAUAUGACCUAAAAGUUCACCAGAGAACACACACAGGAGAGAAGCCUUAUGUCUGCUCUGACUGUGGAAAAUGCUUCACAACAUCAACUCAUCUAAAAGUUCAUCAGAGAACUCACACAGGAGAGAAGCCUUAUUACUGCUCUGACUGUGGAAAAUGUUUUAAAACAUCAAAUGAGCUAAAAGUUCAUCAGACAACACACACAGGAGAGAAGCCUUUCUUCUGCCCUGACUGUGGAACUAGUUUCUCUCAAGUUUCCCACUUAAAAUCACAUGAACGUAUACAUACAGGGGAGAAGCCAUACUCCUGCUCUGACUGUGGAAAAUGUUUUAAAACAUUAUAUGAGCUAAAAGUUCAUCAGAGAACACACACAGGAGAGAAGCCUUACUCCUGCUCUGACUGUGGAAAAUGCUUCACAACAUCAACUCAUUUAAAAGUUCAUCAGAGAACACACACAGGAGAGAAGCCUUAUUACUGCUCUGACUGUGGAAAAUGUUUUAAAACAUCAAAUGAGCUAAAAGUUCAUCAGGCAACACACACAGGAGAGAAGCCUUAUUAUUGCUCUGACUGUGGAAAACGUUUUAAAACAACAACUCAGCUAAAGGUUCACCAGAGGACUCACACAGGAGAGAAGCCUUACUCCUGCUCUGACUGUGGGGCGAGUUUCUCUCAUCUGGGCACCUUAAAAACACACCAACUUAUACACACAGGAGUGAAGCCUUACGUAUGCUCUGAAUGUGGAAAAUGCUUCAAAACAUCAACUGAGCUAAAAGUUCAUCAGAGAACACACACAGGAGAGAAGCCGUAUUUCUGCUCUGACUGUGGAACUAGCUUCUCUAAAUUUUCCCACUUAAAAACACAUGAACGUAUACAUACAGGAGAGAAGCCUUUCUUCUGCUCUGACUGUGGGGCGAGUUUCUCUCAUCUGGGCACCUUAAAAACACACCAACGUAUACACACAGGAGUGAAGCCUUAUUCCUGCUCUGACUGUGGAAAAUGUUUUAAAACAUCAAAUGAGCUAAAAGUUCAUCAGACAACACACACAGGAGAGAAGCCUUUCUUCUGCCCUGACUGUGGAACUAGUUUCUCUCAACUUUCCCACUUAAAAUCACAUGAACGUCUACAUACAGGGGAGAAGCCAUACUCCUGCUCUGACUGUGGAAAAUGUUUCAAAACAUUAUAUGAGCUAAAAGUUCACCAGAGAACACACACAGGAGAGAAGCCUUACUCCUGCUCUGACUGUGGAAAAUGCUUCACAACAUCAACUCAUCUAAAAGUUCAUCAGAGAACACACACAGGAGAGAAGCCUUAUUACUGCUCUGACUGUGGAAAACGUUUUAAAACAUCAAAUGAGCUAAAAGUUCAUCAGACAACACACACAGGAGAGAAGCCGUAUUACUGCUCUGACUGUGGAAAAGGUUUUAAAACAUCAACUCAGCUAAAAGUUCAUCAGAAGACUCACACAGGAGAGAAGCCUUUCUUCUGCUCUGACUGUGGGGUGAGUUUCUCUCAUCUGGGCACCUUAAAAACACACCAACUUAUACACACUGGUGAGAAGCCUUACAUCUGCUCUGACUGUGGGAAAUGCUUCAAAACAUCAACUGAGCUAAAAGUUCAUCAGAAGACUCACACAGGAGAGAAGCCGUAUUACUGCUCUGAGUGGGGAACUAGUUUCUCUAAAUUUUCCCACUUAAAAACACAUGAACGUAUACAUACAGGAGAGAAGCCUUACGUCUGCUCUGACUGCGGAAAAUGCUUCACAACAUCAACUCAUCUAAAAGUUCAUCAGAGAACACACACAGGAGAGAAGCCUUAUUACUGCUCUGACUGUGGGAAAUGUUUUAAAACAUCAAAUGAGCUAAAAGUUCACCAGAGGACACACACAGGAGAGAAGCCUUUCUUCUGCCCUGACUGUGUUAAAGGUUUUAAAACAUCAACUCAGCUCAAAGUUCAUCAGAGGACUCACACAGGAGAGAAGCCUUUCUUCUGCUCUGACUGUGGGGCGAGUUUCUCUCAUCUGGGCACCUUAAAAACACACCAACUUAUACACACUGGUGAGACUUAUACCCACCGCCUUACGUCUGCUCUGACUGUGGAAAAUGCUUCAAAACAUCAACUGAGCUAAAAGUUAAUCAGAGAACACACGCAGGAGAGAAGCCAUAUUACUGCUCUGACUGUGGAACUAGCUUCUCUAAAUUUUCCCACUUAAAAACACGUAUACAAUGGGGCAAAAAGGCAUUUAGUCAGCCACCAAUUGUGCAAGUUCUCCCACUUAAAAAGAUGAGAGA